GAAAGAAGAAAGUAAAGCCUACAUGGUUGUUUGUGUGUCUGACGCUGAGAUAUACCUGUGGAUAAACCUGAAAAACAUAAUACAUAAUCAACUUUUCAAGCAGCAAAUCCAACUAUGGAGAGUCAUCAGACCACAAGAGAAGCACGUGCUGGGUCUGAACACCUGGAGGAUGCUGGGAACUGUCGGCAGAACAUCAACCAGGAGCCGAACCUCUGUUGUUCUCUCCUCAGUGAACAGAAGAAGCUGCGGCACGUGUUGGACUGGGCUCACAGGUUCCUCAGCAGCGGAUCAGAGCUUCACCGAGAACUCUGCAGAGCUGACAGUUUGAUUUUGGCAACUGAGAAGGAUGAGGAGAAGAGGGAAACUGAGGUAUUUGAUGGCGGGGGAGCAACAAGUUAUGAGAAUCGGGAAAAAUGUAAAUUUCUCUGUGGAUUUAAAUCUCCUUUACAAGACGAGCCCGACGUUCCCUUCUCCAGGAGAGAUGACGUAACUUGGCCUGAGAACAGAGAAACUGAAAAUAUCAAAAGUAUGAAGCGACAGCACAGCAUCAAUAAACAAAGUCCCAGCCAAAGCUACUGCACAACAAACAGACUGAACAUAUCUAAUCAAAGACACCAAACACACGUAUCUGACAGCAGCAAGAAUCAGACGCUUACAUCUGCAACUUGUUCGAUCGAAGGAUCCACAUCAUGCCGGAGCAAUGUCAUUUGUAAAAAGAGAACAGUGUCAUCAAAAUGUGACUCUGAAGAUGUAAGUUAUAAAAUAAAUGGAGCUCAGGAAGGAGACAUGUCAGACAAUCAAAAGGAAGUGAAGAAACAGGUUGAAGAGAUGGUGGAAGGGGAGGAGGAGAAAAGGGGUGCUGGGUUGGAGGAAAUGGAUGGAAACAAAAACCAAGGAACCUAUUUAGCUUUUCUAGAGUUUGCAAAUGAUAAAAUGAGCCACAGUGAGAUUCCCUGUCACUUGAAAACACCCUCAGAUUUAACUGUGUAUGAGCAGUACCAGCAUUGUGUGGACCGACUGCAUCGCCUCAGAUUGAGACCAAGUAUUGAAGCGGGAUGUUUCGCAGAUUCACCUGCACGAGGGAAGAAGACGUGUGAAGAAACUGCAGCACCAGCCCGACCUCCAUCUCGCUCUAAGCUCAACUCCUCAACCACAAAUCCUGAGGUUGCAAAAUACUUUAGUGAAGCAACAACAAAAACAGACGACCUCUAUAAAAACAAGGAGAGGACCAAAAGCGGUAGAUGUAGGAGGGCGACACUUACUAAACACGAGGAAACCAAACACCGCGACAAUCUGACUCUAAGGAAAAACAGAUGUUUGGGUCGGACGAGCUCUGUUUACUGCAACAAACAUGGUGAUUUCAUGAAGAGGCCUGCAGGAGCCAAAACCUCCAUCGAUAAGCCUGUUAACGCACACGUAGAGGACUCAACAGGAGAGGAGAGAGCUGCACCUCCUGCUAAUUCAGUUUUACAGCCAAAAAGGACUGAACUACAUCCAGGCCUGAAAUGUCACCAAAGUGAUGUCAAAGGUCAAAAGAAGACAACUGGAGGUCGAGGUCCACAGAGGUUUAAUGAGAAGUCAAGCAUGUCCCUGUCUUCACUCACAAAUGGGGGGAAAUUGCCAAGACCUCAGUCAGUAGCAGCAAUCCAACGCACAAAAAGGCCAAACGCACAAACGCACACAAAGAGACACACACCAGAGGACGGCAUGAAACACGCAUCGCCUUACAGGGAUACUCCCACAGGCCUGGAACCUACACGUCACAAUGAUGACACCAGACCGACAUCCCCGGCCUCAGACACAGCUGCCCACGGGAGCAACACUGACUAUAAACACACUGUAAGAAAUAUUUCUUUAUUCUAUUAUAAACCUACAAACAAUGUGAUCACAUUUACUUGA